GGGUGUCGGGAUCACCGUGGAGAUCCUGGCAAAGCUUCGUGCCUGGGCUUCUGCCUGGUCUGAAUGGGCUCCCAAGUCCGAGCUUAAUAAGCUCCCGCCAAGCUGCUGGCUGUGAAGACCAGCAGGGCGGGUCAGCAGUUGCCUUAUAUGCUCCCGUGCUUAACAAAGUGCCUUUCUUCAGAGUUAGGAAAGCUGCUGACUUGGGACACCCACAAAGCCAGAAGCAAGUCGGAGCCUGCCAGACCACCUGUGCCAUGGAUUCUAAGGUCAGCAAUGGUUCAGGCCUCCAGGAUGAGCGCAUCACGAACUUGCUGGUGUUUGGCUUCCUCCAAAGCUACUCCGACUCUAAUUUCCACAAAGAGUUGGAGGUCCUGGGCCGGGAACUGCCCAUGCCAGCUCACCUGCAGGAGGAGCAAGACGAUGGGCUGCAGACAGACGGCAACCGCUGCGGCCACUUCCUGGCAAGUGAGGAGAGAGAUUCUCAGGGUCAAGAGGAAAUCAUUCAGGAUAUCGCCAGGCAGCUCGCCAAAAUAGGGGACGAUAUGGAUCGCAGCAUCCACCCAGGACUGGUGAAUAACCUGGCAACACAGUUCAUGAAUAGGAGACUGUCGGAAGAAGACAGAAGGCAGUGCCUCGCUACUGCGCUGGAGCGGGUCAUGCAGACUUACCCUACAGACAUGGAGGACGAGAAGACCAUGCUGAUACUGGCCAUGUUCUUGGCCAAAAAGGUGGCCGAUCACACACCAUCCUUGCUCCGUGAAGUCUUUCGCACAACAGUGAACUUUAUUAACCAGAACCUGUUCACCUACGUGAGGAACUUAGUCAGAAAUGAGAUGGACUGAGUGGACACCUCUGCCGAAGCAAGACUGGUUAAAACUUGAUAUGACAACAAAGCAGCUGCCUCCGGCCAAGAUGGAGCUAUAGCCAUUUAAACAAAGUUCUUAGAGAAGAUACUCAUGAGAUAAUAGCUAUUUAUUUCUAUUUUAAAGAUGUUUUAAGCUUGUGAUCCAUUUAGACAUCUUUACAUUAACAUACUUGAAUGGAAAUAUUGCACAUUGUUGAAUGAGUUUCAUACCAUCUUCUAAAUCCACUACACAUUGUGCAUUUAUCUCA